ACAACAAACAGGCGGGAAACAUUUGAGCCGUCAUCGUCCGAACCUGGGCGGGGACCAUCCCAGAAUUCCUAUUGGCUGUAUCGGUGUCCAAUAGGAACUGAGGUCACAUGAAUGGCGGGAAAUAUGAAGCUGACGGGCGGGGUCGGUAAUCGCUCAGUGAUUGUGCGGUCGUGUGUGAGCAGCGUCCUGUGUCCUCUGCCGACAUUACAAUUCUAAAUCCUUUCCUAAUGGACACCAGAGAUGAAAGUACCAUGGUGUCUGCGGAGCAGAGCUCUCUGCUGGAUCCCUCCAUGUGCAGUGCUGCCGGGGACACUACUACCUCAAAUUCCUCAGUCCUGAACACUGAAGCAUCGCAUCCACUGAAAGUAUACCUGAGAGUGCGACCUUUCUCAAAGUCUGAGCUUACGAACAAUGAAUCCCAGGAAUGUGUAACUACUGAAAAUGCUGAGAUUGUGUCCCUGCGUGCUCCUAAAGACUCCUCUACAAUGAAAAAUUGUGAACGAGGUAUCGGGCAGUCAGUGCAUAAAUUUACUUUCACCAGGAUAUUUGGUGAAGACACAACGCAGGCAGAUUUUUUUGAAGGCACUGUGAAAGACUUGGUGGUCUCUUUUGCUAAUGGGCAGAAUGGACUUGUCUUCAAUUAUGGGGUCACAAAUGCUGGGAAAACCUUUACAAUCCAAGGAACACCAAAAGAUGGAGGAAUCUUGCCCAGAUCACUGGACGUUGUCUUUGAUCAUAUUAGGGGUCGGCAGUACGUCAAGAUGAAUCUCAAGCCUUAUCUUGGCAAUGAUGUUAUGAAACUGGAUCCUGCUCAAGUAAAGCAAGAAGAAGCCAUGAAAGGGUCACUCUUUUCCAGCCUUAAAGAGGAUGGUAUGAAGACUGUUGUAAGUUCCAACAAGCUGCUAAGUCUGACUGCUUGUGAAGACUCUCCAUCUGAUCAAGGAGUUACUGACCAAAAUCAAUUUUCUGCUUGGGUGUCCUUCUUUGAAAUCUACAAUGAGUAUGUGUAUGACCUACUCGACCAGUUCCCUACAUCAAAGAACCAAAAGAGGCCCGCGCUAAAGAUCUGUGAUGACCAGUUAGGCACCUCCUAUGUGAAAGAUUUGAAGUGGUUUAAUAUCACUAGCACAGAGGAAGCGUGCAAGAUACUGCAGAUUGGCAACAAGAAUAGAAGUUUAGCAUCUACUAAAAUGAAUCAACAGUCUAGUAGAAGUCACAGUAUUUUUACCAUUCGACUUCUCAAAUUAGGCCCUGGUGAUGACCCCAGUGUUCUUGGUGUGUCAGAGAUGUCUUUGUGUGAUUUGGCUGGAUCAGAACGUUGUAAUAAAACACAAACUGUUGGCGACCGUCUGAAGGAGGCUGGAAACAUAAAUAACUCUCUGCUCAUCCUUGGCAAAUGCAUUGCAGCUCUGAAGCAGAGCCAGAACCCAAAGAAAGCUAGCUAUGUUCCAUUCAGGGAAAGCAAACUCACCAGGCUAUUUCAGCCCUUUUUCUGUGGAAAGGGAAAAGCCUGUAUGAUUGUGAACAUUAACCAGUGUGCUUCUACUUAUGAUGAAACACUGCAUGUCAUGAAGUUCUCUGCUGUUGCUAAACAAGUUGUUCAGACAAUUCAGCCACGGAACUUUGAUUUCAUAAACCCAAGAAUUGUUGGGAAAGAUGGCAAGAUUAUAACAGAAAUUGAUGCAAAUCUGUCGAUGGAGGAUCUUCUUUCUGAGGAUGAAGAUGAGGAAAUGGAUAUUUCAGUUGCAAGUGCCGAGGAUCUAUUGAGAAAAAUUGAAGAGCUUAAAGAAAAGCUGAUGUCUGAAAGGCAAAACAAACUACUACUUGAAAUGCAGAUAAGAAAAGAGAUGGGGGAAGCAAUGUAUCAGCAGAUGGUUCAACUUGAUGAGACUUGGAGUAAGCGAUUUGAGGACUAUAGAGAAACAACAGAAGAGCAGCUGGAGGGCCGCCUGGAAAUGUACAGGAAAGCCAUAAAAAACCAUGCGCAUCGUCAAGCAAUGGAAGAACUUGAAGAGGAUUAUGUUACUCUAGAGGAAUUUCAGGCUGAGCAAGAAAAAGUUGAGGAGAGAGACCGAAGAAUAGAAGAACUGGAGAUUGCGCUUGGUCUGCACAAGCAGUCAGGUGAUAUUGAAAGUGGCACAGAUUCUACCUCUGGAGCCCUGGAGGCAUUGACCAAACGAUGUCAAGAUAAAGAAAAGAUCAUAAUUGGCUUGAAGGUGCAGAUACAGAACAUUAAGGAUGAAGCUGAUCUGAAUGGAAGGAGGUUGACUGAAGAAAAUGACAUGUUGAAGCAGCAUUUAAAAAUCAAGGAACAGGAAAUCCGAGGUCUCCAGAACCUGGCAGAGCGAGCUAUACAGCUGGAGGCUUCAGUGACAGAACUGCAGGUGCAACUUGAUGAAAGUAAGAAGCGUGUGUCUUCUGUUGCCAUCGGUGAACCAAAACCCAAAAAGGGCUUGUUCUCAAGUAUUAAAAAUACUAUGACUGGUACUCCAAAGAAAUCUAAAGGUGUGGAGAAAAUUGAAGAAACUACUGGCUUGGCUAGGAAAAAACCUUUGCUUCGUAAGUGAGAAGCAAAAACUUUUACUAUUUGUAUGUAAAAAUAGGAUAUUUAUUUUAUGUAACUUAAAUAAAACACUUCUAC